AUGGUGGGCAUCGUUGCUGGCCUGGUUCUCCUUGGAGCUGUGCUCACUGGAGCUGUGGUCGCCACUGUGAUGUGGAGGAAGAAGAGCUCAGGCAGCGACAGUGCCCAGGGCUCGGAUGUGUCUCUCACGGCUCGUAAAGAGCCGACUGCACAGUUCUGUGGCCACAUCCAGGAGGCGCGGAGACCAGGGAGUCCCAGACUGCACCGUUUGCAGGGUCCCCUGGAUGUGGCGCUGAGACACGGAAAGUGCUGGGCCCUGGGCUUCUACCCUGCGGAGAUCACACUGACCUGGCAGCGGGAUGGGGAGGACCAGACCCAGGACACGGAGCUUGUGGAGACCAGGCCUGCAGGGGACGGAACCUUCCAGAAGUGGGCGGCUGUGGUGGUGCCUUCUGGAGAGGAGCAGAGAUACAUGUGCCAUGUGCAGCACGAGGGGCUGCCGGAGCCCCUCACCCUGAAAUGGGAGCCGCCUUCCCAGCCCAGCGUCCCCAUGGUGGGCAUCGUUGCUGGCCUGGUCCUCCUUGGAGCUGUGCUCACUGGAGCUGUGGUCGCCGUUGUGAUGUGGAGGAAGAAGAGCUCAGGUGGAAAAGGAGGGAGCUACGCACAGGCCGCCUGCAGCGACAGUGCCCAGGGCUCGGAUGUGUCUCUCACGGCUUGUAAAGUGUGAGACGGCUGCCCGUUGGGACUGAGAGAUGCAGGAUUUGUUCACGCCUCCCCUUUGUGGCUUCAGAAGCCUCUGACUUCUCUAUCUUCAAAGGCCUCUGAAUUACUCUGCGUCCCUGUUUCCGUAAUGUGAUGGGGGUGGAGAGGCCAGCCCACCCCUGUGACCUGCUCCCUCUGUCACGGUGAUCCGUGUGCUGUGCCCAAUCAUGUUUCCUGUUCCAGCAAGGAAGGGCUGCGACAUCUCCAUCCCUGUCUCAAGGUCAUGGUGCACUGAGCUACUGAAAAUAAGAAUUGAAUAUAAAUUUAUUUUCUCAAAUUCUUGCAAUGAGAGGUUGGUGGGUUAAUUAAAGGAGGAGUUUCUUAAAAUUUGAGAGUGGAAAUAAAUGGAAAACCUGAGAACCUUCCAGAAUCCUUGGGUUU